GCGCAGCUGUCUGUGGUGCUAUGUUUUCAUUCUGCUCGUAGGGAUAGCUGUAUUUCAUGAAGUUCUUUUCUGUUAAAUUAUCCAUGGUGUUUGUAUUGUACUGAAGCAUUCAUAUGGUAUGGCAUCCUUCUGUCGAGAGCUGAUCUAUGGGGACCUCUGCAGCAGCCAGGAAGAGUCCUCCGGGAAUCGCCGCCAACAGAUCCGCCAGCCGGGCCCGCAAGAGAUCUCUGAGUGAGUCGGGCUCGGGCAAGGCGUCGCUGGGCUCGGCGUGGAUCUGCCGCAUCUGCCACGGCGACGAGGGCUGGCUGGUGGCGCCGUGCAGCUGCCGCGGCACCGUCGCCUGGGUGCACCGCGCCUGCCUCGAGCGCUGGCUGUCCGAGGCGGGCCGCGACUCGUGCGAGCUGUGCGGCCGCCGCUUCCACACGGUGCGCGUCCCGCGCCACGGGCCCUGGUCCGGGCUGCUGCGCUGGCUCGCCACCGGGCUCGACGCCAGGCAGGCAAACACUUAA